AUGACUCGCUCAAUGACAUCGACAUUUGCCCUGUGCCCACUCUUCCUCAGACUCUUAUACCCCAGAGUUGUCAUUGAGAUGUUGCCUAAAGAUAACACGCUAUUAUUAGAGCGGCUGGGCAGUGGUGGCCUGGGUCUCGGUGGCGGUGGCUUCCGCGGUGGCGGACAGCCUUCGCUGGCGGACUUCCAGCCGCCAUACUUUCCACCCCCCUUCGCGCCCGCACCGCACCCCGCCAGUCCUCAUCACCAACAACAACAAAGUCAUGGCAUGGACUAUGGCGGAGGCGGCGGUGGCGGCGCGGAGUAUGCCCAACACUAUGCCCCGCAGCAGCUUCUGCCGCGUCAUCACACUCACCACGAGCCCCAUGCUCACUUGCGGCAUCACCGGGAUCAUCACGAUGCGAUACAUGCACACCAUUUAUCGCACGGCGGGUUCAGCUACGGUGGCGGUGAGAGACGGGCGGACUAUGGUGCGAGAGAGCAACACGAGCUCGCACUGCACCAUGCUUUACAUUCAGCGGAAGAAACGCCGAAUGCCGGCAUGGACGACACAACGGGGUUCAUGACUGAUCUUCCACUAUUAAAAACAAUGAAAGGACGAGACGGCUUAGGUGGAACGGGGUCCUGCGCACCAAACGACGUAUUCUGCUCAGUCCCGGGCAGAUUGUCUCUCCUGUCAUCCACGAGCAAGUACAAAGUUACAGUCGCAGAGGUGCAGCGGAGGCUGUCACCGCCAGAGUGCCUCAAUGCGUCACUACUCGGCGGUGUUUUAAGAAGAGCAAAAAGUAAAAAUGGUGGCAGAUUACUUCGCGAGAAGUUGGAAAAGAUUGGACUUAACUUACCGGCUGGCAGGCGGAAAGCUGCUAAUGUUACGCUUCUGACUUCUUUAGUUGAAGCGGAAGCAGUACAUUUGGCGCGUGACUUUGGCUACGUGUGUGAGACGGAAUUUCCGGCGAGGGCUUUAGCGGAAUACCUCGCGAGGCAAUACGCGGAGCAUGACGCACGACGCAGACGCGAUUUAUUACAAGCUACCAAACAGGUAAUAAAAGAGCUAAUGGAUUUACUGAACCAAGAUCGAUCACCGCUGUGUAAUACGAGGCCACCUCACCUCCUGGAGCCAGCGAUACAGCGUCAUCUCACGCAUUUUUCACUCAUCUCCCAUGGGUUCGGAGGUCCAGCUAUUGUAGCUGCUCUAACUGCCAUACAGAAUUUUCUUAACGAAUCUCUGAAGCACUUAGACAAAUUAUAUCCUCAAAGUGGCAUGGUAUCAUCGUCAAUGGACAAAACAAAAAUGGACCCAGAUAUCAAGAAGUAA